GAUGCCUCAGGGAACACCUGGAACUGGCUCUACUUCAUCCCACUCAUCAUCAUCGGCUCUUUCUUCAUGCUCAACUUGGUUCUGGGGGUGCUGUCAGGGGAGUUUGCAAAGGAGCGAGAGCGUGUGGAGAAAAGGCAGGAGUUCCUGAAGCUUCGCAGACAACAGCAGAUCGAGAGGGAGCUGACCGGCUACUUGGAGUGGAUCUGCAAAGCAGAGGAAGUAAUGCUUGCUGAAGAAGAUAAAAGUGCAGAGGAGAAGGAGGAUGGUGCCUGGUACAAGAGGAAAUGCAACAACCCAGUAUUGAAGAGAGCCAAAAAGAGCAAAAAUGACCUCAUCAAUGCAGAGGAAGGAGAAGACCACUUCACUGACAUCCCAUCAGUCGCUCCCCAGGGCUCUCCAUUCACCCGUACAAGUGUGAAGAGCAGCAAGAACGAGAGCUCUUCAUACUUUCGCAGAAAAGAGAAGAGGUUUCGCUUCUUCAUCCGCCGUAUGGUGAAGGCCCAGAGCUUCUACUGGACUGUUCUGUGUAUAGUGGGACUGAACACACUAUGUGUGGCUAUAGUUCACUACGACCAGCCCGACUGGCUCACAUAUGCACUGUAUUUGGCGGAGUUUGUGUUCCUUGGUCUGUUUCUAAUAGAGAUGAGUCUGAAGAUGUAUGGCCUCGGGCCCAGGACCUACUUUCACUCUUCAUUUAACUGCUUUGACUUUGGGGUGAUUGUAGGUAGCAUUUUCGAGGUGAUUUGGGCAGCAGUAAAACCAGGAGCCUCUUUUGGCAUUAGUGUGUUGCGAGCGCUGCGUUUGCUGAGGAUAUUCAAGGUUACCAAGUAUUGGAACUCGUUACGGAAUCUGGUGGUGUCUCUGCUCAACUCAAUGAAGUCCAUCAUCAGCCUCCUGUUCCUGCUGUUUCUCUUCAUUGUAGUGUUUGCUCUGCUGGGAAUGCAGCUCUUCGGAGGACAGUUUAAUUUUGAAGAUGAGACCCCGACGACCAACUUUGACACAUUCCCAGCUGCUAUCCUGACAGUGUUUCAGAUUCUGACAGGAGAGGACUGGAAUGCUGUGAUGUAUCAUGGAAUUGAAUCCCAGGGAGGAGUGCACCGGGGAAUGUUCUGCUCCGUGUACUUCAUUGUGCUCACACUGUUUGGAAACUACACUCUCCUCAAUGUCUUUUUGGCCAUCGCUGUUGAUAAUCUUGCCAAUGCACAGGAACUCACCAAGGAUGAGGAGGAGCAGGAGGAGGCCAUCAGUAAGAAACUGGCUCUGCAGAAAGCCAAGGAGGUAAAGGAGGUCAGCCCCAUGUCGGCCGCUAACAUUUCCAUCACAGCGAGUUAUGUCUGCUCCCCUGCACAUCACUACUUGAGUAAAGAACAGCAGCGUUCUCUAAAGAUGAUGUCCGUGUGGGAGCAGCGCACCACGCAGAUUCGUAAGCACAUUCUGGCCAGCAGCGAGACGUUGUACCAAGAGGAGCUCAACCCCCGGCUGACCUCCAACCUUCACCUCCGCCCUGACAUGAAAACCCACCUGGACCGGCCUCUGGUGGUGGAACCUCAUUGUGAUGGUCCCAUCAGUCCCCACAGAGGCUGGGACAAACCCCAGGACUUGCAAGGGGAGGGCGGCACACCGGAGAAACGAGUCCCCCCUGUGAUGGAGCCACCACAGUCACACCCACCACGCAAACACCACCAUCACAGGGAGCGUCCCUCCAAUGAGACCAAUGAAAACGGCGACACAGGUCAUGGCAAAGAAGGCCGGCAUCACGUCCAUCACAGCCGCAGUAAGGAGCACGAUGGGACACGUUGUAAGGAGGGGAAGAGUGACAGGAGCCGGAACAGAGAGGGGGGCCGCAGACAUCACCAUCAGAGCUCAGUAGACGAGGGAGUGGGAGGUGGGGAGAGAGAACAUCGUCACCAUCACUCUCAUAGGCAUAGCAGAGAGGGCAAUGGAGUAGUCAGCGCAGGGAAGAGUGAACGGCGGUCCAGGCAGAAGGAUGGCUCACAUUCGGGAACAAGGGAGGGGGAGAGGUGCUCCAGGGGCGAAAAUGGAGGUAAUGGAGGGAGGAGACGGCACAGACCACGUACCAGUAAAGCUCAGUCGACAUUGGAAGGAGAAGAGCAACGAGGGAAUGAAGAGCAGGAGGAGGGCAAGUCACACAGCCACAGGCACACGGACAUGGGGGGAGAUUCAUUGGUUGCAAACCCCCAUCAACCUUCAGUUGGGAACCGAUGGUGUCUUGAGAAACCAGAAGACUCGGACAAUAAACAAAAUAUUGGGCAGACUGGAGGAAUGGGCACACACAUACCUGUGACCGUCACGUCUCCCCCUGGAGAAACGACCCUUAUUCCCAUGAACAGUAUAGACAGUGAGACAAUGCCCAUGACUGAGAAGAAUCUGGAGGAUCUGAACCAGAGCAGCCCUCGUCCAAUCCUCCCCUUCAGCUCCAUGUUCAUCUUCAGCCCAACCAAUCCGGUGAGACGUCUGUGCCACUACAUUGUGAGCCUGCGCUACUUUGAGAUGUGUAUCCUGGUGGUGAUUGCCAUGAGCAGUAUAGCCCUGGCUGCGGAGGACCCAGUCCAAGCCAAUGCCCCUCGUAACAAUGUACUGAAGUAUUUAGACUAUGUCUUCACUGGUGUCUUCACAUUUGAGAUGGUCAUUAAGAUGGUGGAUUUAGGUUUAUUGCUGCAUCCUGGUUCCUACUUCAGAGAUCUGUGGAACAUUCUGGACUUCGUUGUGGUCAGUGGUGCACUGGUGGCAUUCGCAUUCUCAUCACUUCAAAGCGUAAACAGAGGAACCAAGGGCAAAGACAUCAGCACCAUCAAGUCCCUGAGGGUGUUGCGAGUCUUGCGACCACUGAAGACCAUUAAACGUCUACCAAAACUGAAGGCCGUGUUUGACUGUGUGGUGAACUCCCUGAAGAACGUGUUGAAUAUCCUCAUUGUCUACAUCCUGUUCAUGUUCAUCUUCGCUGUCAUUGCUGUGCAGCUCUUCAAGGGCAAGUUUUUCUUCUGCACAGACGAGUCCAAAGGCCUGGAGAAAGACUGCAGAGGGCUGUUCUUGGAUUACGAUAAGGAUGAAGUGGCAGCCCAGCCCAGGGAAUGGAGGAAAUAUGAGUUCCACUACGACAAUGUGCUGUGGGCGUUUCUCACUCUCUUCAGCGUUUCGACUGGAGAGGGCUGGCCAACGGUUUUGAAGCACUCUGUAGAUGCCACUUUUGAGGACCAGGGUCCCAGUCCUGGCUACCGCAUGGAGAUGUCCAUCUUCUACGUGGUCUACUUUGUGGUCUUCCCCUUUUUCUUCGUCAACAUUUUCGUGGCCUUGAUAAUCAUCACAUUCCAGGAACAGGGUGAUAAGGCCUUGUCAGAGUGCAGUCUGGAGAAGAAUGAGAGAGCCUGCAUCGACUUUGCUAUCAAUUCCAAACCUCUGACCCGCUAUAUGCCACAGGACCAGCAGUCCUUUCAGUACCGCUUGUGGAAGUUUGUGGUCUCUCCACCGUUUGAGUACUCCAUCAUGAUCAUGAUUGCUCUCAACACUGUGGUGCUCAUGAUGAAGUUCCAUGGGGCACCUGGCUUUUAUGAAGCCAUGCUCAAGUAUCUCAACAUUGUUUUCACUGCUCUCUUUUCAAUGGAGUGUAUUCUCAAGAUUAUUGCUUUCGGCCCCUUGAAUUACCUGAAAGACGCCUGGAAUGUGUUUGACUUUGUGACUGUGCUGGGCAGCAUCACUGACAUCUUAGUCACUGAGAUUAACACUACGGACCGUCUGUUGAACUUGAGUUUCCUGAGGCUCUUCAGAGCAGCCAGACUCGUCAAACUGCUCCGGCAGGGAUACACCAUUCGCAUUCUGCUCUGGACAUUCGUCCAAUCUUUUAAGGCACUGCCUUAUGUUUGCCUUCUAAUCGCCAUGCUGUUUUUCAUCUACGCCAUCAUUGGAAUGCAGGUGUUUGGGAACAUUGAGUUGAACGAUGAUACCGCCAUCAAUCGUCACAACAACUUUCGCACUUUCCUCCAAGCGCUUAUGCUGUUAUUCAGGAGUGCCACUGGUGAAGCCUGGCAUGAGAUUAUGCUGUCCUGUCUGAGUGAGCGCACCUGUGACGCAAACUCAGGCAUUCAUGGAAAGGAGUGCGGGAGUGACUUUGCCUACUUCUACUUUGUCUCCUUCAUUUUCCUCUGUUCUUUCUUGAUGUUGAACCUGUUUGUGGCUGUCAUUAUGGACAACUUUGAAUAUCUUACACGUGACUCCUCCAUCUUGGGCCCUCACCACCUGGAUGAGUUUAUCCGAGUGUGGGCGGAGUAUGACCCAGCCGCAUGUGGCCGUAUCAAGUACCUCGAUAUGUAUGAGAUGCUGCUCCACAUGUCCCCACCUUUAGGUUUGGGAAAGAAAUGCCCUCCACGAAUCGCCUACAAGCGGCUGGUGAAAAUGAACAUGCUCAUUGCAGAUGACAACAGUGUGCACUUCACCUCCACCCUGAUGGCUCUGAUCCGCACAGCCCUGGAGAUCAAACUGGCUUCAGGCAUGGUGGCCCAACGUCUGUCAGAUGCUGAACUGAAGAAGGAGCUCGCUACAGUCUGGCCAAACCUGUCUCAGAAGACUAUGGACCUGCUGGUCACUCCGCACAAACCCAAUGAGCUUACAGUGGGGAAGGUCUAUGCGGCUCUUAUGAUUUUUGACUAUUACAAGCAAAACAGAGCCAAAAGACUUCAGAUGCAGCAACAGCAGCAGAGAGAACAGGCAGGACCUGGAUCUCAGAAUAAAGUCAGUGCUCUUUUAGAGCCUAUUCUCCCACUAACCCACAUGCAAGAUCAGGCUGUGAACAGUGUCGAUUCGGCCUCAGAGUUUCAAGCUCAGACCAGACCAAGCUCCACCACGCUCAACAACGGACGCACACAUCUUGAUAACACAAUAAAGGGAUCUUCAUCCUGGGCCUCAGAGAAGUCCAAGGAGGUCCCACGAUCUAAACGACGGCCAAUGUCCAGAGGUCAAUCAGAGGAUGCCUCAAAUGCAAACACUGCCCAGGAGUCAGUAGAAAUGUGGAAGAUGGAGAACAGUGCCAACGCAGUGACCUCUGGCAGCCUUGAAGGCCAAGGACGUGCAGUAUCCAUGCCAAAACUCAACGCAGAGAUGCAGAGGAGUCAUUCCCGUCAUUCUCCUGGGACUUUACUGGAAACUAUUCCUGAUUCCCCCAUGAGACGCUCCGCAUCCACUUUUGCACCACAGCGCCCUCAGGAGGUGAAUCUGAAUGACUACACUUUGGCGAAACCUGUUCAAGAACGACAUCACCACCAUCACCAUCAUCACCGAUGCCAUCAUCGUAGGGACAGAGACAAGAAACAGAGAUCUCUGGACAGGUCGCCCACUGGACAACACAAAGCUACAGGCACAGCAGCUGACCCUGUAGAGGAGAGGCCGCAUGACCGAGGUCGUUCCCAUGAGAGGAAGCAUCAUUCGUCUUCAGCGGAGAAGCAGCGGUAUUACUCAUGUGAUCGUUACGGCAGGCGGGAACACUGUCCCAGCAAGUCUGCCGUGGCAAGCUGUGCCACCUCGCCCAGCGAGGCCCAGGAGGCCAGUCUCAACAAGCAGGGCAGUGGGUGGGCUAAGGGGAGCCCGGUGUUGUUGACCUCAGGGGCGAGCACUCCAAGCCGUGGGCGCAGACAGCUGCCCCAGACCCCCCUUACUCCUCGUCCCUCCGUGGCCUACAGGACUGCCAACUCCUCCCCUGUGCAAUUUCUGGGCACACAGGCCGGCUUGCUUCCCCCGAGUCCCAGCAGGCUGAGCCGCGGUCUGUCCGAGCACAAUGCCCUCUUACACAGCGGCUCCAUCUCCAGCUCACUGGCCCCCGUCAGUCGCAUUAACUCAGAACCCUUCUUGGGGCCGUACGCCAUCUUCCAAGAGGAUCCGAGCCCUCAGACGGGCCAUUUUGCCCAGACUGUAGGGAUGCCGAUUGUGGCGAUUCCCCCACCUCCCCAACAGCAGUUCCGCGGGGUUCCCAACGGAUACCACUUCAUCACGGGCCCCGGGGCCAGCAGAGGACGGCCACGGCAGUACUACCCAGAGGCAGAGAUGGACGACUGGUGCUAGCAUGGCUUUAAUUUACACACACGUACAGAUGAUGUUUUUGUUUUCGAAUCAUGAUGAGUUUUAUCAUCUCUUAUUUUGCGGGUGGUGUUAAAUGCAGUAAUACAUGUAUUUGUUUUUCAAUGUCCAAAGGAUAAAACAUACAUGUAUGCUUACAAAGCAGCAGCAGAUGUGGGAUAAAAAGGCUCAAACCCACCUGACUUUGAUGCAUUUCAGUCAGGCUAAAUGGUUUGAUGGGUGUGGUCUUUUUAAAAACACUUAAGAUUGACCAUUUAUAUGAAAACACAUGGGCUUUUUCUUAAUCUUUGCCUUUCUAAGGGCAAAAGAUGCCAAAUUGUGCUUGUGUAACCUGGGAAAAGAGUGACCACUGCUUCAAGUGUAGACCACAAUGGGCGUCUGGCCAGUUUCCCUCAAAGCCAGCCUCUGAGACGCACCCUUAAUGCAAAUAUUCCCAUAAAAAUAUUAUCUUGGCGUUAUAGAUGUACCUUUUAUGGAGCAAAAGUUUACAGAAGUGGCUGGAAAUGCAAGAAACAUUGUUUUAUUCGACCUUUCAUCUCCAUCUUAGAGAAUUCCACGUUAUUUCACACUGUUGCGAAAGCAGAUUGUUCAUUAUGCUGCCGAUGACCAUUCCUCGCACAUGUCACUAUGUGUGAAACCUUUGACAACCAUAAUGUACUUUGUUUUAUAUCAAAUUGUAGAUAUUUUAUCUAUUCAUUAUGUGCUUUUUUGUAUUGUAAAGACGAACGGUUUUACGUAAAUCGCUUACGGCUUCACCAUACUGUCAGGUCUACUGAUUCUUCUUGACUGCUCCAGAUGUUAAUUACAAAGUGCCUAACCUUUUGAAUAUAUUGUAGUAGUGAUGCAACCUCAGCCUUUUUUAGUG